AUGGAUGAUUGGCAACCCCCAAGAAAGAAACGCCGCGGCGGCCAUCAGCAAAGAUUACAACAACAUGCUGCCGAGAAGGAGGCGCCAGCAAGCUGCGAGAGCUCUGCUUUGUGUUUGCUGCUGUUGAACUUGUUUGCGUGGGGGUUCUUUUCGCCACAAAGAGUUCAGCAGAUCGCUGAAAUGGCUGUGAAGGACAUCGAACGAUCCAAGGAAGACCCACAAGUUUUGAAAGACCUCUACACCCUGUCCAAUCUGGGGACCAAAGGAAAACACGCGAACAACAUCCACGCCGAGCUCAUGAGCAAAGUUGAGCAUGUUCCAAAAAUCCCCAAGCCUUUCAAAGCAAAAGUGCCACUGAAAGGGUUUCCUGACUCAGUUCAAUCGAUGCUGUUGCCACAUGAAAUGUUUGCUUGUCUAUACCGCAACUACAAGAAGGUCUGGUCCACUGCAGUUGUGCCAAGCGUUGAGCGGGUGCAAAAGUUUUGGAGAGCCAUGCGGCUUCAUCCCCAGAUGCGUGAUCACCCCAUGACUUCCUCCCCUCAAUGGGAGAGUUGGACUGUGCCUAUUGCCGUGCACGGUGACGGAGUUCCAGUCACUGGUGUGGGGAAAGUGUGGAGUCGAGUGAUGACCAAUUACUCAUGGUAUUCCCUUCUGGGAUAUGGUACCACUCCAUCAAUGCUCAUGUGGGUGUGGGGGUUCUUUGACAAGCUGAAGGUGGGCGACCAAGCAUCAGGCACACUGCUGGAGUUCUACUCCAUAUUGAGAUGGAGCUUUUUGGCGUUAUCGGAAGGCAGGUGGCCUUCGAGGAAUCACAGAGGAGAGAAGUACAAAGAAGGCUCUGUGGAAGCCUUGAGAGCCGGGUCUUGGCUGGCUGGUGGCUGGAAGGGUGUCCUAUGGGCACUCACAGGAGACCUUGACUACUUCAACGCCAUGCUUGGCACCCCCAACUAUUCCGCAGUGGGUGGCCCACGUAUGCAUUGCAAAUGCACUGGGACUGGCGCUGCAACAUGGACAGAUUUUCGACCACAGGCUAUGUGGAGGAACACCCGCUGGGAGGCCGACGUUUGGAGAAAUUGGGACGAACGUUCGAAGUGCAUUUUGCUGACUCUUCCUGGGGCGAGUUGCUGGUCAAUAGCCUAUGACUGGGUUCACGUAAAGUACUUGGGCGUAGAUCAGUACAUCUUUGGCUCAGUGAUGGCCCUCUUGGUUUCUAUGGUCACGCCAAAUGACGCGAACCAGAACUUGCAGAACUGCUGGGAUUGUUUGAAAACCUUUUUCAAAAACCACGCCACGCCCACACCAUUCAGAUUUUUGUCGAAAUUGUCAAUGUUCAUCCGCGCAGGAAAGUACCCCAAAUUGAGGGGGAAGGCCUCAGAGAUAAGGCACUUCGGCCCAGCUUUGUUGGCCCUAUGGUCUCGCCAUCAGAACCCUCACCUCGUGCUGCACCAGCGCAUCACCCUCAUGCUGAAACAAAAUGUACACCUGGAGGAAAUGAUUACUUUCCACAAGGACGACUUCGCCCUACCACCUGGACCAGCGCAAGAGUUUGAAGAAACCGCCAACAGCAUGCUCUUACUUCUUUCCCAGGUAGCUGAUCACUUCGUUGAGGAAGGCGUGAAAUGCUUCGAUAUCACAAGCAAAUGCCACAUGCUUCAAGAGCUUGCUAUUUUGAGUCGCUCCAUAAACCCCAAAGUCACAUGGUGCUUCAUGGGUGAGGAUCAAAUGCAGCGCAUGCAGCAGGUCGCUAAAGCGUGCGUUCGUGGCAACAAGCUUGAUAAACAAACCACAAAGCUGGCCCGCCGCUACCGCUUAGGGUUGCGCCUGCGCUAUCUCGACUUGGCUGCGUAA